AUGACCGGAGUAAAACAAGAAUACAUCCUUUCGCCCCUAAUGUUCAAUGUGCUUCUCGAUGAGGUUAUGCGCAAAGCAGCAUCCACACCGAAGGGAGUACAAUGGCUCCUAAUAAAUCAUGUUGAGAUCCUAGAAUAUGGUGAUGAGAUUUCUCUGCUGGCCCAUACACAUUCAGAAAUGCAGGCAAAGAUCAACAAUUUGCAAUGUAAGGCAGCAGAGGUAGGAUUCAAAAUAAACAUCAUUAAAACCAAGACGCUUCGUACAAACACAACAAAUCAGGUCCUGUUCAUUGUCCACUCCAGACCAAUAGAAGAUGUGGCAAAUUUCAAUUGCUUUGGCAGUAUCAUAACCAGAUUAGGAGGUGCUAAAAAAGAUAUAGAAAACAGAUUGAAACUAGCUAGAAUGGCGUUUGGAGUUAAUACAGAAUCAGAACAAAGAAGAUUGGAAGGACAGGUGUUUGUAAGAAAUGAUUAA